UUGCUCAUGUCAUCUGGGGGAAAAGCAGCAUCCAUUCCAAACGCGCAAAAGCAGAUAGAGCAGUGAUGUGCCUUUGAACAAAAUACUUCUCAAAGGGACCUGCUUAAUAAAUACUUAAACGCAAAUGCUAGCGUAGAUGAAAUACCAAGCAAAUUGUCAUAAUUAAAUCACCAACUACGCAUCUCUAGGGAUCUGAAUCUUCUUCAGUUUAAUAUUGCGCGUCGGACGGGAAGAGUCAAAGAAGAAAACGUGAACCCGGUGCGGUGGAGACCGAUUAUUCCAAGAUGCUCGAAAGAAUGUAUUAUUUCAAAUUAACGACAAUACUCGCGUUGCUACCAUGCGUCCUGCUGUUUAACGUGGAUGACAAGAAUGGUCUGUCAUUCAGCGGUCCACUGGAGGACAUGUUUGGAUACUCAGUCCAGCAGUUUGAGAACAGUGAAGGAAAAUGGAUACUUAUCGGUUCCCCCCUUGCCGGUCAGCCAGCCAAACGGACUGGAGAUGUCUACAAAUGUCCUGUGGGUCGAGGGCCAAACCCUGAAUGUAUCAAAUUGGAGCUGCCCAAAAACACAACAAUUCCUAACCUACACGAAGUCAAAGAAAACAUGACCAUGGGAACAACGUUGGUUACCAACCCUGAAGGAGGCUUUCUGGCUUGUGGUCCUCAGUACGGCUACAUGUGUGGUCAGCAGACAUACAUCUCUGGGAUUUGCACCAACGUCAGCUCCACCUUCCAGGUCCUCAACUCCAUCGCCCCGGCCGUGCAAGAGUGUGCCAAAGAGCUAGACAUCAUCAUGGUGCUUGAUGGCUCCAACAGUAUCUGGCCGUGGAGCAGCAAGGACUUCCUGGUCAAGUUUCUGAAGAAUAUUGAAAUCGGACCUAAGCUGUCCCAGGUGGGCAUUGUGUCGUAUGGAGAGCAAGUCACUCAUAAUGUGAACCUCAGUCAGUUUGACAACACUCAAUCCCUUUUGGCCAAAGUGGAAAAGCUUCCGCAGCAGACAGGCUUCAGGACUAUGACCGCUCUGGGAAUUGACACUGCAAGGAAAGAGGCGUUCACUGUGGAGCGAGGAGCGCGGCCAGGAGUCAAGAAGGUGAUGAUCAUCGUGACUGAUGGAGAAUCACACGACCAUUAUGACCUCCAGGGAGUUAUCGACAGUUGCGAGGACGACGGCAUCGAAAGGUUCGGCAUCGCCGUCCUUGGUGAUUACAACAGAAACAACAGAAGCAUCAAUGAGGUGAAGAAGUUCAUCAAGGAGAUCCAGUCGAUCUCCAGCGACCCUGUGGAAGAUCACUUUUUCAACGUAUCCGAUGAGUUUGCUCUGCUGUCCAUUGUAGACGCCCUGGGGAGCAGGAUCUUUGCCUUGGAGGCUACGUCUGGCAACUACACCUCCUCCUUUGAGAUGGAGAUGUCCCAGGCUGGAUUUAGUGCCCACACCUCCAAGGAGGGACUGAUGCUGGGAGCUGUGGGGGCGUACGAGUGGAACGGAACAGUGGUGAUGCACACCAACAAGGGUACAGUGGUCCCCCUAAACGCAGACUUCCAGGACCCUCUGGACCAGAGCAAGGAGAGCCUGGCUGGGUACGUGGGAUAUGAUGUGCAGUCGGCCUCCACCCCUGACGGCGUGCUGUACAUCACGGGGGCGCCGCGCUACAACCACACGGGCAGAGUGAUCGUUUACAAGCUGAACGGGACAACCGUCAAAGUCACACAAGUUCUGAAAGGCGAACAGAUUGGCUCCUACUUUGGCAGCGUACUCCGGACGGUGGACGUAGACCAGGACUCAUACACCGACGUACUCCUAGUGGGAGCUCCUAUGUAUAUGGGCCCCGAGAAGGAGGAACAAGGACAGGUGUAUGUCUACAAACUCAACGAGAAGGGCAUUUUCGAGCACCAGGCUACGCUGAAGCCAGACCACCAGACGUGCUGUACCACCACCCACUCCCACAGCUGCACCGUCGUCAACGAGAACGACCCGUGCGGCGCCCGCUUCGGCACCGCCAUCGCGGACAUCAGCGACCUGGACCUGGAUGGGAACCGGGACGUGGCCAUCGGCUCGCCGCUGGAGAACGACCACAGAGGGGCCGUGUACAUCUACCAUGGAGCAAAGAAGACCAUCAAGGAGAAAUACGUCCAGCGAAUCCCAGGUCCUGGAGACGGGGUGAAGACCAAGUUCUUCGGCCAGUCGAUCCACGGCGUCAUGGACCUGAACGGGGACGGGAUCAUUGACGUUACCAUCGGAGGUCUAGGCGGGGCCUCUCUGUUCUGGUCGAAGGAUGUUGCAGAGCUUUACGCUAACAUGACCUUUGACCCAAGCAAGAUCAACCUUCAGCAGCCCUCUAAAGACUGUGUGCUUGGUGGACGAGAAACUGUGUGUGUGAAGACCAGGAUUUGUUUUAGCUACAGUGUCAAGUCUGAGAAGGGAGAAACUAACUCGGCCACUGCCAUUAAGUACACCCUGACACUGGACUCUCUGAGGGCCAAGUCCCGGGCUGCGUUUGUCAACCUCGAUGAGAAGAGUGAGAGGAAGGUUCAGGCCACCACCAGCAUCACAGACAACCUGUGCGUUGAGCAUUCCUUCGCCAUGAAGGCUAAACUGGACUUCCGAGACCCAAUUAUGGUCUCCCUGGAGUUCGGCCUGGCUGAGGACACGGGACCCGUCCUGGACGGAAACCUGCCGACGUCAAUCAACAAGACGAUUCCUUUGGUGGACUGUGGGAAGGACAACAAGUGCAUAGCUGACCUAUCCCUGAAGGCUGUGCCCAGCAUAGAAAGUCUUGUGAUCAAAGCCAACAAGGAAAAAUUCCACAUAGUCGUCACCACUAGAAACCGCAAAGACAACGCUUAUAACACCAAGGUCAUGAUGAGUUUUACUGAAAACAUCAAUUACGUCAAGGUUGAGGGUAAAGAGGUGGAAUGCAGUCUAAACAAUACCAAAAUUGAGUGUGCUGUGGGAUAUCCGUUCCUCAAAAGUAAUGCCGAGGAGGUGUUUAAGAUCCUGUUUGAAGUCAACCCUGCGCAUGUCUGGAAGAUGAUUCAGGUCAACGUAACUGCAACCAGUGACAGUGAAGAAAUGAAUGCCACCCUCCAAGAUAACUCUGUGACAAUCUCCAUCCCUGUGAAGUAUGAGGCUGGACUCAGUUUCACAGUGGACAAGCACAUGGAGGUGGACCACAUUAUAGUGAAAGAGGGAGAUCAGUACCCUGGCGUCUUCAACGAAACCAGUUUAAUUGGAGAUAAGGUCCAGAUCAGCUACACGAUUAAAAAGGACGUCAACGUGCAGGUUCCGCCUAUGACCCUGACCGUCAUGUACCCCUACCUGUCUCCGAAUAAGAACGUCCUGCUGUACCUGACCACAGUUACCACUUCAAAGGACGUGAUGUGCAACACCAGGGACUUGAUUAACCCUUUAAAGAUCAACCCCAAUAACGUCCACGCUGUCAAAAUCAAAAAGGAGACCCUUGGUGACUAUCUGGUGGGCUGCAAGAACAACCCAUGUAAUUCAUUCGAGUGCGCUGUCCCUCACGUUAAUAACAGCCAAGUGAACAUCACGUUCAGGGUCUGGAAGCCCACCUUCAUAAAAGCUGAGUUCUCUAAUCUUUAUAUGACGGUCCAUGCCACUCUCAAGAACCUGAAAGACGAUCUGUUUCUGUUGAAUGCCAACGACAUCACCAGAGAGGUGAAGGUCCAGGUGUCUAAAGAGGCCCUGGGGGGGAUUCCGUGGUGGAUCAUUUUAAUCAGUAUUCUGAUAGGACUACUCAUCCUGUCUUUGGUCAUCUUCGGCUUAUGGAAGGCUGGCUUCUUUAAGAGAAAAUCCAUAGCAGACAUGGAGAAGGAGGACAUGAAGGAUUAACUCUUCCCACUCCCAGCAGGUCUGUCUAUGCCCCACUGACUAACUUCCAGUAGUAUUAUCAGACAUUUGGAGGAGAUACCGUAGGAAAACACAGAUUCCCUCAGCCUAUCACCGGUUCCUCACCAACCUGUGGACCUGAACGUCGUGGCUGUCAAACGACGGCAGCCUUUUUGUAGCCCGCCUAUGAAAACUACGGACUACCAGCCAUGGUAACAUGCUUGGACUGUGAUUCUGGGAACAGAGAGGCUUGGGGAAAUAAUUGAGCUUGUACACUGAGGUCUUUCGUCUAUUCAAUUGAAAGCACUACAACCUGGGCAUAAAGGAUCUACACCAGAAGAAACCUCGGAAACCUUAAAGGAUGUUUGCACCCUGAACCCGACCUUAUCAUACGACACCCCGAUUCCAUGGUUUGAUGUCACAGGACAAAACUUUCUCAGGUUUUCUUGAAGCAACUUCCCAAAGUCACCAAAAAACCUCAGAUUAUGGCAUUACACCAAAGUUGCUUAAUACCCUUUUCAGUCAUAUGAACUGUGGUUUAUCGGAAGCGUUUUGGUUACAUUAGAAUUGUAUAUCCAUCAGGGCACAUUGUGGCUUUUAAAUGCAGACGCAAACGACACCUUACUAUAGCUGUAUUGUACGUGCGGAAAAGGUCCUCUGGUAAACUCUUGUGGAUUUACUUAAACAGUCUGCGAUGGGUUAUACACUUGUAAUAUAGUUGUUUGAUAUUUUUAAGGAAACACUGUAAAGUUUGAACAAAUACCACAUUUCCUUCUGUAUGUCAUCUUCUAAAACAUAGCAUUACUUACAGUUUGGCACAUUCCUUAUCCUCCAAGCAGAAUAUUUGCUUUUGACUCACUGUUGUUUUCACAAAAGCGUAUUUCUAGUACAAGUGCAAUCUGUAAGUUAAAUUUGUAUUUGAUUUGAUGUUCUCAGAGUAUUGAAAGAGUCUAUGUGUGGUAGAUUAAAAAGAUGAUGCUUUAAGUGUUCCUUUUAAAAAGCAUAAUCUCUUCAAUCUACCACAUACUCCCCUUCAGAAAUUGUGUACCCACUAAUCAAAAGAAGAGGGGAUGCAAAGAACAGAAGCAGCAGAUGCAAUUAGCUUCUUACAAAUGCAACAUCUUUCCCCCCCAUCUUGUUGAUAUUUCAUCUUGUUGCCACAUGGGGGCAGAUAACUUACAGAGAGCACAUUUACGUAUUUAGAAAGUCGUUGGAUUGUACUGUAAAUGUAAAGCUUGUACAUAAACAGUUUUGUUUUUAAAAGAUGACUAUAAUUUAAGGUAGGACGGAAAUAUUUCCAGCAUGCAUCAAGAAGGCCCUAAACGUUAGUAGUGUAGAAAAUGAGCAGGUCCAACAUCUCUCAGGUCACAUAUGACGCAGGAGGAUGGUUAUAGGUUUCUCAUGAAUACUAUGUCGUAUGUGGAGCCUCGGCAUCAUCUAAAUUAGAUCAAGUAUUUUGAAAUAAAAUACUGUUUAAAACAUUAUGCAAAUAUGUAAAUAUUGGUCAUAUAUGAUGAACAAAAUGUAAAUGUUUGAGAAAUGUGUAUUGGAUUCAGAUGCAUUUUGCAUCCAUCCGCUAUGUUUUCAGUAUUUUGAUGCUUUCCCAUUUGUUGUUGUGGAAAUUGAUUUGUGAGGUGGCUGAGACAUGCAGUAUUGCAGAACGCCUCUCAGCGGAGUGUAACUUGAUUCCUGAUGUUCUUAUCUGUAAGAACCCCCGAACAAAGAGUCGAUUGUCAUGAAGAAGUACAAACUCUUGAAACUGGGCGAUUGUCCGUCACAUACCAAGGGUGAUAGCGAGCUAAAAGAAAAAGAACCCCCUUUGUAAAAUUGAGAGACAAGACAUUUCUUAUAAGUAGGAGGGCUUGCAAUGCAAAUCACCAGCAGCUUAUGCCCAAACCUUAGACUCUUUGAAUGACGGGUCAGUAGAGGUUUUAAAUCACCCCGUCACCAUCAGACACUCAUGAGUAAGAGUUGCAUUAUCCAACUCGUUUUGUAUUUAUGCACCUCCACUUUUCCUCCUCCUGAAUCUACCUGCAUUUUGUUUCUCUGUAUUUUGCACAGGCAGUCCUGUGUGACCACAGAGAUGAUAUUGUAUAAUAGGAGACUUUCAUCUGCUCUCCAUCCACUGUUUGAAGUCAUGAAUAAUAAACAUCUGUAAGUGUUGGAAAUAAAUUUAUCUUACCAAAUUGAUCCUCCAUCCUGUUUCCUUCUGGAGACUUUUGCUCAGUCAAACAUUCCUCUGAACAGGGUGUUGAAGAUCCCUGACUCACGGAUUCAGCACCUGUACUAUAUAGUUUGUCACAAGACAUUGGUGUAUCAGGUGUGAUGGGAAAGUUAGGGCAAAAAGCCUCCAAACGACUGCUCCAGGAGCAGGAUUGAGGAUCAUGAAUCUAUUUUGUUGGUGCACCCUGACAAAAUAGGAGCCUGGCUGGGACUGCAUCAGGCUGAUACGCUCCAGUCCUACACACUGCUGUGAAGUUUCCAUUGAAUGCACUGUUUUGUCAUAUGGAUGUAUGUACACUCAUGAGCACAGAUUUUAAAGCAUUGCACAUGCUGUCAAGGAUUUUAUGAAACAAAAAAAGAAUAAAGACAUUUUUUUAAUGAA